UCGCAGAGAGCGAGCGGGAACCCUAAUUUUCACUGUUUUUCAAAAUUACCUCACAGAUCUUAUCAUAUGUUUCCAAUAUUUACCUCUUACUAGAUUAUCAAUUUGAUCUCUAACUCAGAGAUGGAGGAUUAUCAUAAUAUGAAAAGGAAAGAACUUCAAGCUUUAUGCAAGAAACAUAAUAUUCCUGCAGGUUCUGCCAAUUCUGUACUGGCUGAUAAGCUUUCCCAACUUCUCAAUGUUCAGGAAAAGCAGAAACCAAUAACACGGCAACGGGCUUGUUUGAAGAGUCGGGUUGAAACAACAGAUGAGGGUGAAGCUGAAGCGUCGAAAAGGGAAGCCAAGAAAGUUAAAUUUUGUCCAACUAAUGACAUAUUUGAAUAUGGACUCACUUCUGUCAAGAAACAACAAGGUGUAGUUAGGAAGACUGGGGCUCGGAGGAAAUCUGUGGCAAAACAGGUGGGAAAUCCAGUUGUUAAUAAUGACAUAGAGUUAGUUGAAGAUGCUGUACAAAUUCCUGUAAAGCUUACGAGGUCGAGGGUUCAUAUUUUGGAGAAGGAUGAUGUCCUUCCAAAUGUUGGAAGGAGGCAAGGUAGAAGUGCGGCAAAAUAUGUUAUUAAGGAAAAGGAUGAAAAUGAAGAACUGAAAGCUAAUCUUGGUAAACCUACGAGAUCCAAGGUGCACGUUUCGGGAAAUUGCGGUGCUGUUCAACUUGAUGAAGACAAGCAAAGCAAAAGGCCAGUUAAAGGUGAUGCAAAGGCAAGUAAAUCAGUUAAGAAACCUGUUGUUAUUCGUGCUAGAGUUACAAGGUCUAAGGCACAAUCUUUAGGGGAUGCUGAUAUUGACCCUGAUAUGAAGUCGCAAGAUAAGAAAAAGAGUGGCAGGCAAGUAGCAAAAGCUGUGCAACUUGCUGAGCCUGCUAAGGAGGUUGUGGAUAUCCCAGUUAGAAUUACAAGGACUAGAGGACAAACAGUAAAAGAAGAUAUUGGAAACACUGUUGCUAAACCGCAAGAUGGAAAGAAAAGAACUAGAAAGGAAAUGAAGGCCACUGAUCAGAGUAGUAACUCGAGCAGUGUUACUCUAGAAGAUAAUCAAGAACAUCCCAAGAGAAAAUCGUUGAGGACCAGAGAGGCGAAGGUUGAGGAUGCAGAUGAAGUCGACAAAGUUCAAAUGGUUGAUAACAGGCGAGUUACACGGUCUAGAGUUACAAGGAGUAGCAUAAGCAAGACCGAGAACAAAGUUGAGGCUCAAAGAAAGUCUAAGAGGGGUCAACAGCUUGACGAACCGUUGGAGCAUGCAGUUAAGAAGAAUGCAAAGAGGAGAGGGUCCGCCACGCAACCUGUGAAAAUUGAAGAGGUCCCUCAUCCUGAAGAACCUGUGGACGCUCCAGCUGGAAGGGUCACUAGGCGAGAAUCUAUUGUGCAAAAAGCUCAGGGUAAGGGAAUUGACCCUGAAAAAACCGAAGUGGUCCAUCAUGAAAAACAUUUGAGCGGUACAGCUGCAAGGGUCACUAGGCGAAAAUCUCCAACGCAAGAAGCUCAGAGUAAGGUAACUGGCAAACCCUCGUUUGGAAAACGUCAACCUGUAAAAGAAACUGAGAUUCCCGAUUCACCUAAAUCUGUUGGGAGAAACGAGUCGAGAAGGCAAUGUGGUAGUUUGUCCGUGAUCAGCGAAGGUUUAAAAGAUAAAGAAAUUGUUAUCAGGUCAGGAAAUGAUGCUUCUGAUGAUAAAAUGAAAGCAGUAGCUUUUUCUACCAUUAGUCCGAAAUCUAAAAAACGAAGAGGAACUCUUAUUAUUGAUGGCGGGCCUGUUGAGCCCGAGUAUGUUUCUCCUGUUGAAUUUUCAACACGCUCUAUGCGUAGUGCAAGUAAGAGUGAAGGAAAGGCAGUUGCACAUUCACUUCAAAACUCCCCAAAGAACCAGCUGCAGAGUGGAUCAAAGACACGCUCACCCGGUGGUGCCAUAGGUAGAGAUGGUAGUUCUAAAAAAAGAGCAAAGUUGAGUUUAAUGAAGCCAAGUGAAUCAGAGGACCAUGGUGAAAAGUCAAACAUAGAGAAAACACCUAUCUCAAAGCCGGUGACUUCUGAACUUGGUGAAAGAGUUACCAAGAGUGAGCAUACACAUGUGAUUGAUGGAUCUCAUAGGAGGUUCACACGUAGUGCAGUUGGAAGUAACAGAAAGGAGCCAAGGCAGACAGCCAUUAAACAACAGCCCAUUGGAGAUUUGUCCUCGGAUAAAACUCCAAAAUUCAGACACGAUUCAGCUGUCAAAACAGCUCCGGGAAGAGUUACGCGUAGUGGAAUUAAACGUGCUGGAACUGUAGCAAUCAGUCUUUCUGAAAGGGUUGCUAAAAAGAAGCAGCAGCGAGAAUCAGCUCACCAGAGAAAACCUUAUGUUGGAGAACCCGGGCACAUUCCAGAUGUUGUGAUCAUAGGAGCACAAUCUGAAAUGCCUAAAGAAGUGACGGAUCAGAUAUUGGGACACGCGGGUAAUAUUUCUGCUUCAGAGUAUGCGAGGUUGUCAGCUGAAGUUGCUAAGGAAAGUAAGAGUGAGACUGCCAUUACUAUGGAAAGCUUAAGCUCUUUAUUUGAUGAGCAACCUUCAGGGGUUGAAUCACCCAGUAAUUUUGAAGUUGAAACUCUACCAGGGGCUCAUUCUAAUGUUAAAACUUCAUUAGAAGCUACGCCUGAUGCAAUUUCAGAUGGGUGUAAUGUGCAGAAUCAGAUGGCUUUGGAUGCUGCUAAAUCUGUUUUGAAAUCUGGUAGACCAGAGACCUAUGACAAGGAAUUGGUAAAUUUAGGAUCCACAUCAAAAGACUUGCAAAGUGGUGUGGGGGCUGAGGAACCUGUGAUUUCUGUAGACGUGACUGUUGGAAUGGAAGAGUCUGACCGUUUUGGAGAUGACAACUGUACAUAUGAUUCUGCUUCUUACAGUCAGGCAUUUAAACAACCAGGCAUAAUGAGCAAGCCAGAAGGCGAAGAGGAGACUGAAAAAGCCGAAGAAGGCAAGAGGGGAAGUGCCCAGAAGCCAGUGAUGCAGGAGCCUGUUUCUGAGGAUAAUAGCAUGCAUGGUAACAUUGAGAAACUUCACAAUUGUGACAUGGCCAAUAGAGAGGUUUCCCAUGGAGAACUAGAUCGUGAAAUGAACAAAGAUGACACUGUGGUGCAAUUGACUGCCGGUGAUGAGCUUGUGGGUCUCUCUAUGGAGGAAGAUGAUACUAAAGAUGACAUAGUUACUGCUCAUGAUAGUUUAGUGAAACAAAAUGUGCUGUUAAUGGGCAAAGAUACCAGUUUUGGUCUUGACAUGGACGGGCAUGGCGUUGCAUACGAUCGUGUUGAUACAGUGAAAGAACCAACGCAGGGACCUGAAUUAGAGACAGUGCCAUUAAUUAUUGAUGUUUGUGAGAUACCUAUAUUAGGUAAUAUGCUAUCUCAUGGUGAGGAUCAUGUUCCGAGCAGUGUGGAACGUGAAGAUGAGGCUGAUAAAGCUAAUAGCGAGCAUGAGUCUAACCCAAAGCCGUUAACUGACGAUAAAGUAUUGGGCAUAGAUGAUGAAUAUAAUGUAAGUAGGCUGUCUAAACCUCUGACAGAUCCGUCUUCUGCUCACGACAUACACAAGACUCCUUUAUCUGGCAAAGAUAGUAGUAUUGGUCUUCCCACAGAGAGAUGUGGUGUGGAAUAUAAUUUAAUUGAUGCUGGGAAGGAACCUGCACCAGAACCUGAAUUUGAGGUAGCACCAUCAACUGCUAAUGAUGUUCACAAGAUGUCUAGUUUGGGCAAACCUGAUGGGGUAGAUGGUGGUGUUAAUGCUACCAGAGAAUCUGAUGGUGAGGACCUAGUUUUAUGCUGUGAGGGCGAGGGAGAUGAUGCUGAUAACACCUUUAAGGAAAAUGAGCCUAACUCAAAGCUUAUACAUGAUGGUGUAUCUGACACUUCGGUCUUAGGCAAAGAUGACUAUGAUAGCAUAACUAGGCUAUUUGAACCUACUUUAGAUCCAUCUUCUGCCAAUGACAUAGUUGAGAUUCCCAUCUCUGGUGAUGAUAAUUGUUCUGAUAUUGCCAUAGAAAGAAGUGGUGUUGCAGAUACCGGGAAUGAACAUGCACUGGAUCACGAGUUUGAGCUAGCACCAUCUGCUGGUAAUGAUGUUCAGGAGAUGCUCAGUUUGGGUGAGUCGGAGAGUGCUAAUGCUUCCAUGGAGCGUGAGACUGAUUCAGUGCCAUCAACUGGCGGUAAAAUGCCAGCUGAUGGUGAGCCCCUUGUGUUGAGCGGUGGGGGUGGUGAAGGUCAAGCAUAUAAUACUAAAAAGGAACAUGAGUUGAAGCUAAAGCAGUUUACUGAUGAUGUAUCUGAUACAUCUGUGUUAGGCAAAGGUGAUGAUUACAACAUAACUAGGUUACGUGAAACUACCCCAGACCCAUCCACUAAUGACAGAGUUGACACUCCUUUCUCUGUCAAUGAUAUUUUUGGCGAGUCUGAUAAUCCUAUUUAUGACCAUGAUGUUGAAGAUGGUGUUAAUAAUGGGCGUAAGGAGCUUGAAAGUGGUUUGGAUUCAUCAGUGACCAGCUAUUCUCCUAAUGUGCCUGUCUUAGGCAAUAAUUCUUACAGAAAUGGACAAGAUGGAGAAUCUGAACAUGAACAUGAACAAUUAAUAAGAAUUGAUAUGUGUGCCAUAGAUGAGCAGUGUAUUGGAGGUGUAGGCUCAGAGCCUGAUCAGAAUGAAAGUACAACUGAAGAUGUAAUCAGGUCUACUAUUGAAGAUGAUGCUCAUGAAGAGUCAUCACAAGACAUUGAUAAGGAUGAUAUGUCUGAUUAUUUUGGUCAUAUUUAUGGAAUUGAAAAUGCUGUGGAAGUGAUGGACACCGAAAAUGACAAUUGGAAUGAGCAGAAAGUUACAAGGACAUCCGCACCUGAUGAAAGUGCAUAUUUAAAGGGGGGUGAUAGUAUCUCCACUGGUAUGAACACUGCACAGCUAUCAGAAGAGACUGAACAGAAAAUCGAGAGUGAGCAUGCGCUAAGUGAUAAGAAAGAACAGCCGGGGACAGCAAUUGAAAAUGCUGUAGAGAUGUCGAACUCCCAACUUGUGGGUGAUUUAAAAGCUCAGGAAACUCCAACCAGAGGAGAGAAAAAAUUUCAAAAGGAAAAUAUGGAGGAUUGGGGGAACUAUAGUUCCAGAGUGGAUGGAUUUCAGAGUUUAGUUUUAGCAAAUAAGAAGGAUAAUCUACUGGCUAAAAGCAUAAAAGAUAACCAAGUUUCCGAUCUUGAAAGUUCUGCUAGAGCAGGUUCUUUAAUACAAGAAAGCUCUAGUCUUGCAGCUGACAUGGUCAAUUCAGUUAAUAAGUUGGAAUAUAGCUCCAAAAAUGUGACUGAUGGAGAAUCCGAUCAAGCUGUGGAUUUGCUGAAAGGAGAUGCAAAUAUGCCUGAGGAAGAUUUAUACUGGUCUGAUCUGUCUUUAAAGUCGUUAUUUGCCACACCCGCCGCCACUCAAAAUGAUUUUAAGGGUGAAAAUACACGAGGCACUGCAACUGGUGAAGAAAAUGAACUAUGUGGAGUUCCAAGUUUUGAACAUUUUCCUAAUAAGUAUUUUGAGAAUGAAGUAGAUGGUUCAAUUGACUGGUUGGGGAAGAACAAGCAUCUUGAGUUAAAGGGUGACCAAUAUGAUUUGUCAAGUGAAGCAGCAAGCACCAGUAACCACCAUGAGUCUUCUGUUCUGAACGUUAGCUCAAUGCGUAGCGGAGUUUUUGGGGAAAAAGCCUCUCAUCUAAAAGGGUCAAAAACGGGUGACAAUUUAGCUUUAGAUAAAGGGACGUGAGAAAUUUGAGUGUGGGCUUUCUAGAGAAUCCAAUAUUCUAGCCAGUUAUGUGAAGGAAUGAUGGGUGAGCAGAUAGUAAGGGUCUUCAAGCACGUUUUUUUCUGCUGCAGAAUAGAUAGGGAUUUACGGCAUAUCAAACCGCGGUUGUAUAUAUGACUAGUCAAACUAGCUCUGUAAUUAGUUGUAAUAUCACAUGUCUUUACUUGUGACUAGUCAAACCAUUGCUUUUGUUA